AUGCCCUACCUCACCACCUCCCAAGACUUCCUCAAACAAUCCUCCCUCCUCCUCGAAGCAUACCCGCACACCACCCGGAUAACAACAAAAUACUCCUACCCCAAGCCGUCCCACAAAUCCAAACCCACUACAGCCACAGCGACAACCUCAACGACCUCUUCCUCACAGCCCGUUUCCAAGCCAGCUACCCUAACUCUAAAAACAUACAACCCCUAUAAUGGCAUAUGUCUAAAAUACCGCACCACCAAAGCCGCGGAAGUUAGCCGUCUCAUCGCCGGACUCGGACGUCUCGCGUCCGGCGCGCCCAUAGCGGACGCUGGCCAGUCGCAUGCUGUAUCGGGCGUGUCGGGCGGAGAUGCCGACAUGCUUGAUGUUUCUGUUGUGGCUGGUGGUGUAGCGGGAACUGGAAAUGUUACGUCGAGCGCUACGAAAGGAAAUGGAGGGGGCGGCGGGAAGAAAAAGAAAGGCGGCAAGGGAAAAAGAUAA